AUGGCGGACAAGGUGUUUCCUUACCUCGAUCUCGUCAUCGCCUUCAUCGCGGCCUCCUUCGCCUUCGAGACUCUCCUCGACCUGCGCCAGUUCGCCGCCCUACUGCGCCCAUCGCUCCCCCCCGCGUUGGAGGGCGUGGUGAGCCACAACAAGUUCCUCAAGGCGCGCGCAUACAGCCUUGACCGUGCCCGCCUGGGGUUCGUGCGGGGUGCAGUGGACUUCUGUGUGGAGCUUCUGAUGCUCAAGCUCUUCGUGCUGCCGUGGCUGUGGGAGCGCUGUGCGUUGGACUACCAGCUGCCGUGGCUGUGGGGUAUCAACGGGCACAACGAGAUCGAACACUCCAUCCUCUUCCUCUUCGCCUCCUCGCUCAUCUCCCAGGUGGUGGAUCUGCCGUUUGCCCUCUUCUCCACCUUUGUCAUUGAGCAGAGGCACGGCUUCAACAAGCAAACCCUACUGGGAUUCAUCAAGGAUCGCAUCCUUGGCAUUCUGCUCAUGGUGGUCAUUCUGCCACCCGUGCUGGCAGCGUGCAUUCGCAUCGUGCAGGUGGGAGGCAACCUAGUGGCGGUGUACCUCUGGCUCUUCAUGCUCGCCUUCUCUCUCUUCAUGCUCACCAUCUACCCCGUCGCCAUCGCCCCACUCUUCAACAAGUUCACACCUCUUGAAGCCGGGACACUGAGGAGCAAGAUAGAGGGCCUUGCAGGUUCACUCAGUUACCCACUCAAAAAGAUCUUCGUGAUGGACGGCUCACAGCGAUCCGCACACAGCAAUGCCUAUCUGUACGGCUUCUUCAAGAACAAGCGCAUCGUGCUCUAUGACACGCUGCUGUCGCAUUGCAAGGACGACGAGGAGGAGGUGGUGGCAGUGAUCGCUCACGAGCUGGGCCACUGGAAGCUGGGUCACACCAUCCGCUUCUUCCUGCUCUCGCAGGCUUUGAUGCUCAUCCAGUGUUCCGGGUUCAUCUUUGUGCGAUCGCAGCCCGACAUCUUCCGCUCCUUUGGCUUUAAGGAGGAGCCAGUCAUCAUUGCCAUCCUCUUGUUCCAGCACCUGUCCACGCCUGUCUCUCACCUGCUUGACUUUGGCCUCAACAUCAUCAGCCGAACAUUCGAGUACCAGGCGGAUGCAUUUGCAGUGAAGAUGGGGUAUGCACCGAAGCUGCGAUCGGGGCUCAUCAAGAUGCAGGAGGAGAACCUAUCAGCAAUGAACACGGACCCGUGGUACUCUGCAUACCACCACUCGCACCCGUGCUUGCCCGAACGGCUUUCCACCAUUGAUGCCGAGGCCAAGAGGGUGGGCAAGAAGGAAGAGUGA